GUCACCCACAAUCGAACUGGGUGAAUAACUGACUUCUAAAUGGAAUCUCUGAAAGUCUGUGGAAUACUUCAAUAUGAAAUUCCAGAAGGUAUACACACAGGAUCUCCUUUUGCCUCCACGCCAAUCUCCUUCUCUUACCACCCAAGGCCCCCUCUACCCAACCAACCAACCAACCAACCAAACUCCGCCCUGGUGCAUGGAUCUGUGAGAUAUGAUACCUUGAGCUGUAAGCAAGAUUAUGAUCACAUGGUGUCUGCCAUCUACAGGCUGGUGCCCGCAGAGGUGAGAGCUUUUCUCCUUUCACUUGGCACAAGUGGCACCCAGACAAUGGCAAGUGGGUGAAGUACCAACUGGACACCCCUCCCUAUACCUCUCUCUCUACCGACCUCCAUGUUCCCUCUCUCCUUGCCGUCCCUCUUCUUCUCUGUGUUACCCGUGACGCAUGUUCGGAUUGGGCUGCUCUAAUUCCUUAACGAGAUUGCCGAUUCCACGGAUAUCCAAUUAGAUCGUGAUUAACUGGGCUCAACUCAUUAGGUCUGACAAACUAAUUCAAAUACUCACCCCCGAACCCUAUGAAAUCACCCCCAAUAAAAUUCAACAAUCACAAGGCCAAACAAACAUCAAUGUGUCCAAAGUGGUGUGUCAGUGCAACGAUCACUGACAUGCUGUCUGCACUCAGUGCAACGAUGUAGGACUACAGAUACUGUGCGUAUGCAUGACCUUGACUGUUAAGUGAAAUUAAUUUAAUAAAGUGCAAUGGAAAUCAGUCAAAAUCAUUCUGACCCAAACAACAACUUCUUAUGGUCUGGCACAACAAAUUAAUAUUUAUUAUAAGGAUAAUUUCAAGUACAAAUACAGAUCAUUUUCACCAUUUUAACCACCUUGUACUGAUUUAGUGGUCGAGUAGUGAGUAAUUAUGAGCAGGUUUCCUCUCUAGCCUAUCUCUUUGAGCAUAUCUCUCCACCACUUUGCCCUCCCAAAGGGCCCAGGUCUCUCUUUCCAACCUGGAUUCUUCAGGUAUGUCCCGUCAUUUGGUUUCUUCAGUUGCUCCUGUCUUUUGACCCCAUAACCUGCUUUCCUGCUGCAAUCGGUUUACCUGACUCUCCUCGUCGUACUCUCUGCUCCCCCCUCCUCUCUCUCUCUCCUCCUCUCUCACUCUGUCUCUUUCUCUCCCUCUCUCUAUUUCAAUCUUUGGGGCUUAUCCCUUCAUCCCUGAUCUCCUUCAUCCUCUCCAAUCCUCAUCUGUUCCCGGGGAGGAAGGGGGAGAGAAAGAGAGAGUUUUUCACAGGUAAGUUCCUGCCAGUCGGUGGGAAGAAAGCGUGCGAAGAAGAGUGAGUGAGUAAGAGAGAGAAAGAGAGAGGGGAAGCAGGACCGUCCUGUGGAUUGAGGAGUGCACAAGCAGCCGAGAGAAAAAAGGGACACGCAGCGAGGAGAAGAGGAGAACGAGAGGUUUGGAAUAAAGGAGAAAAGGAGGAGAAAGAAAAGCUGCACAGCGAGAAGCAAGGUCGUCCUCUGGUCUGUAACAUCCCCUUCAAGCCGUCGCCAUGGGUGAGGUGGAACAAUUGAAAAAGGAGGCUGAGGCCCUCAGAGCUCAGAUUGAGACCGCCCGCAAAGGAGUGGCCGACACAACCAUGGAGUCGGCCGCCUCUGGGGUGGCCCCUGCUCCUCGCAUCCAACCCCGCGCCAGACGGACCCUCAAAGGCCACACAGCCAAAAUCUACGCCCUGUACUGGGCCCUUGACAACAAGCUGAUGAUCAGUGGCUCACAGGAUGGCAAGCUGAUCGUUUGGGACACCCAUGCUGGAAAUCUGGCUAACUGCAUACCUCUCAAAUCUGCAUGGGUCAUGACUGUCUCCUUCUCCCCCUCUGCGGGUCUGGUGGCUAGUGGUGGUCUUGACAACAUGUGCACUAUCUACAACAUCUCAGGGGAAAAGCCAAAAACCUUGAGGGAAUUGGAUGGUCAUGAUGGUUAUCUGGCCUGUGCCCGCUUCUUGAGCGAAACUGAGAUCCUUACUGCUUCUGGUGACCAGACCUGUGGUCUUUGGGAUCUGGAGACUGGCAAACAGAAGGUACAGUUCCUGAACCAUGUGGGAGACUGCAUGUGUCUGGCACUCUCCCCUGACCAGAACCAGUUCAUCUCUGGGGCCUGUGACUCCCUUGCCAAGCUCUGGGAUGUCAGGGAUGGCCAGUGCAGGCAGACUUUCCAGGGCCACACCAGUGACGUCAACACCAUUGCGUUCUUCCCAAAUGGACACGCUGUGAUCACAGGCUCGGACGACUGCACCCUGAGGAUGUUUGACCUCCGCGCUGACCAGGAAGUCAUCUGCUACCAGAACGCCCAGCCAACUGCCGGUGUGACAUCACUCGCCCUGUCCCUGUCUGGACGUCUCCUCUUUGCAGGCUACGAUGACUUCAACUGCAACAUCUGGGAUACUCUCAAGGGCGAGAAAGUUGGUGUGCUGGCUGGACAUGACAACAGAGUGAGCUGCGUUGGCAUCCCAAGUGAUGGCCUGGCGGUCAGCACCGGAUCCUGGGACAGCUUCCUGAAGGUCUGGAACUGAGCUGGCCGCUCAGCCUUUCGCGGAGGAGCUCGAGAAGGAGGAAGAACGAGGGAGUGAGGAGGAAGACAAACAGGGACACAGCUAGUGUAGGAGGACAGUGAGCAAGAUGAAUGAAUGACAGUGAUGCUGGUUGGGUAGGUGGGUGUAUGUGUGGGGGAGGGAACAGAGUGGUGGAGGCACUGCACGUUUUGUUAUCAGGGAGAGAGACAUGGGAGGGUUUGUUUUUUUCGUACCAGACUAGUCUUCUCUUUUUUGACUCGCUCACUAGUUCAUUCUCUCUUCUCUCUUCCUUCUUUGUUCAAACUUUGAAGGCAAAGGCAAAGACUCCAUAGAAUGUAUAAAAUGGCAUUCCUACCACCUCAUAAUGCACCAUGGAAGAUAUUGCUGAGUGUUUCAGUAUAUCAAAUGACAACAAUAAAAAAUAUAGCAUUUUAUGGUCAGACAUAUUUGAAAAUAAUGAAUAUAAAUGUAAAAUAAUAUUUUAUUGUAUUAAAGUUAUUUGACAAAUACAUAAUAGAUUUUUGAAAGUAAAAUGAGAAAUCCUGUGGAAUAAUUUUGUGGGGGAAAAUGUAUAAAAAGAAAUAGGACCCAAGGUUAUUUUUUCUUGUUUCUUGUAUUCAUGGUUGAGAUUUAAGACCCAAUCACGCUAGAUGAGAGAUGACACCAAACCUUGUUUGUACAUUUUAGAGAAUUCAGUAGGUGCAGUGUUUGUGUGCAUUGCUGUCACACAUCUGCGUUUAUGUUUGCAACUCCAGCAUUACAUCUGACAUUUUGGAUCUGCGAUGGUACUGAUACUUAUACUGGUGCAUCUGCAAAUAACCUAAAAGCCAGCUUCAUUUGAAUUCCAAAAUGGCUACUGUUGCCUUUCAUCAAGCCAUUCCAUGACAAUCAUUUUAGGCUCAUCCAUUAGAAGGGACAUGUUCAUGUACACCGGACACAUAUCAACAAAAGUCACCAUGGAUUUGUUUCAUAUAUCUGUCCCUCUAUGUUGUAAAACACAGAAAACAUUUGCUACAAUCAGUGAUCAAUAAAUCAUUCCCUCGAAA